AUGGCGGUGUGUGCACUGACAAUGGACGAUGGAAGACGGGUGGCUGCAGUAAGCGGUGUGUUACUCCUGGUCUUGGCCCUGGUCCUGGCUUGGCUCUCCACGCAAGUGGCAGCGGGAGACCACAUCCUGAGCACCAUCCUUACAGUUGGGGCCCACGCCUCUCUAAUCGGGCUGGGGGGCCAUGACAGUUACAGUGGAGGGCCACCCAGUGCAGACACACCAGAGCAGCAAACACCUCCACCCUCCCAGGAGAAUAAGCCAGAGGAGGGGGAGCCUGGGUCUGAGAGGGAAGAUGGGGAGAUAACAGGAGAGGGGACUGCAGGGGCUGGAGUUGACCUGCUGUUGAAUAUCCAGGGGAAGAAACCUCAGACAUACCAGCCUGAUGAUGAUGAAGAUGAUGAGGAUGACUAUGAGGAAGAAGACAAGGUUCAGAAGCUGAGCCCAGUGGUCUCCUGCACCAGCAUCACGGUUCGUUUGAAGUUCCUGAAUGACACAGAAGAGGUGGCAGUCCUGAGUCCCCAGGAUACAGUGGGUCUACUGAAGAGUAAGUACUUCUCAGGGCGGGAGCGUCAGAUCAAGUUGAUCUACCAGGGCCAGCUGCUUCAGGAUCCCAAACGGACUCUGCUCUCCCUCAACAUCUCUCACAACAGUGUGAUCCACUGCCACGUGUCCCAGGUGCUGCGGGAGGCCAGCCCAGAGGAGGCAGCUCGCUCUGGGGCUAGUGGGGGAAUCAGGGCUGCAGGCCUGGCUCUGAGCACCAGCAGCCUGGUGGUGCCUGUGUUUGUGGUGAUGUUAGCCGUGGUCUGGUACUUCCGCAUCAACUACCGUCAAUUCUUCACCGCCCCUGCUACCAUCCUGGUGGGAGUCACUGUGUUCUUCAGCUUCCUCAUCUUUGGAAUGCACAGCCGGUGAGCAGGAGAGGAGGCAGGAUGGAAGGGCACUCAUCUGGGCAGGAGAAUGAGAGGGAAAAACAACUGUGUCAGGAGGAUGAAUGGAGUCAGGGGGCCUCUGCCUUAGACACCAUAGAGCUCAACUGGAAUCUUAAGAGUGGGUGUGCCUGUGUUUGUGCAUGCACCAGCAAAUAGCAUAAUAUGAGAUUGAUUGUAUGUGCAGAGAUUCAAGUUAUCUGGAAUGUGUGUUUGUUAGUAUGAAGCAGAGAUAAUACUGAGUGGUAAUU